AUGGCAGCACCAACAGACCAACGGAUUGCAGUCCCAAUAGACGACCCCAAUGCCGACACAGAAUGGAAUGACAUCCUCCGAAAACACGGCGUCAUCCCCGAAAAGCCCCCAUCCCCAACCCCCCUCAUCGAAGAAGCCAUCCUCGAAGCCCGCCGCCUCGCCCACGAGAACCGCCUCGAAGGCAAAGACCUCUCCGACCUCUCCGAUCUCGAAGACGAAGAAGACGAAACCUUUCUCGAACAAUACCGCCAAAAACGCAUGCGCGAGCUCGCCGCCGUAGAACAAAAAUCCAUCCACGGCUCCGUCUACCCCGUCUCCAAACCCGACUACGCCCGCGACAUCACCGAAGCUUCGCAAACCGGGCCAGUCCUCGUACACCUCGCCUCGUCACAAGGCAGCAACGUCGAGUCUCGCGUGCUGGCCGAGUUGUGGCGCCAGGCGGCGCGCGAGUACGGGGAUGUCAAGUUCUGCGAGAUGCGCGCUGACAAGGCGAUCGAGGGGUACCCGGAACGGAACUGCCCGACGAUUUUGAUUUAUCACAAGGGGGAUAUUGUCAAGCAGGUUGUCACGCUCGCGACGGUGGGUGGGGUGCGCAUGGGCAUGUUGGAUCUGGACAAGAUCCUGGUUGAGGUUGGCGCGCUCAAGGAUAAUGAUAUGCGGGUGGUCAAGCGCAGGCAGGCUGCGGAGGACGCCGAGGAGGAGAGGAUUAUGGCUGGUGGGAGCCGGGGUAUCAAGAGCAGUCGGGAUGCUGUGAAACGUGACGAUGAUGACGAUGAUUGGGACUAG